AUGAUUGCAGUGGCUGGAAUUAUCAAUGCAGCGAAAUGGGAAGAGGGUUACCAAACGUCCAAGAUUAGGUCUGCCGUUAUUCACAAAACAUUCGAGCCAUAUCGAAAAUUGGCAGGACCAAAUGACAUAGGCCUUGCAUUGACAGAACAUCGGUUUGUAACUGAUCAGUGGACCAAAGUUUUGCCUCUCGUUGGAGCUGAUGCACAUAAUGGGUCAAGGGUCGUUGUUGUGUCAUGGGAUACUGGAACUGAUGCGCUGCAAUCGCGUUCUGCCGAAGUAGACAAUUUACAGAAGUGCGGAGUACGUGCUGACCCAAUUCAGGCCAGUUUCUUUUGUAUAGGUAAUAUUACGGUAAAUGAUUCCGGUAGUCUGGCGAUUUUUGUGAAGACAAUCGUAGGAGUGGUUUCGCCAGGUCCGACCUCGAAUCCUUCCGACAAGUUAUUUACAAGAGUGUCAAUGAACUAUGGUUGGAUCCAGAAAAGACUAGGAAGCGGAAGCAGGGCCUUGGAAAUUCGGCGAAAUGCUCCAAGUGCGACAGUCCCAAAAUCAAUGUGUCUUACCAAAAUUAGUGUCAUGGGUUUAUGUUUAAAGAUAGUGCUAUUGCAGAACACAGAGCCUGCCAUAAGGAUAAUUGGAGGUCAAAAUGCCAGGCUUGGACAGUUCCCAUUUAUAGUGAGUUUACAGCGGAUUAAGCACAGCAAUUUUUGUGGCGGGACCUUGAUCACCCCCUCGCAUAUUUUGACUGCAGCCCAUUGUGUUAUGGAUGAGUUUCUGAAAGCCAUGAUCGCUGUCGCUGGAAUAGUUAACGCUGUUAAUUGGGACAGGACCCAUCAAGUUCACAAGGUGGUGUCAGCCUCUAGUCCUCCGAAUCCUGAGAAAGACGUGGAACGUGGACGAUUAAAUGAUAUUGCAAUCGCUAGGGUGGCGAAACGUUUUACAAUAAACAACUAUGUGAAGACGAUUCGUUAUAGCAAACACGCGGUUCCUAAGGGGGCAACAGUGAUAAUGCUUGGAUGGGGUGUCUAUACCAGGAAAGGUGACUUUCCCUCCAUUUUGCAGUGGGCUUUUGGUGAGGUGAAUAAUAUGAGCAUAUGCGAUUCACCUAGCCAUAGUGAUCCUGACGAUGAGGAAGGGACAUAUUGCAUACGAGGAAAUAAAGUCAAGAAGACUCUUGCGCGUGUUGGGGAUUCGGGAAGUCCCCUUAUAUACCGUAAGAAGGUUAUUGGACUGGUCUCCAGAGGCUAUCCUGUCAAGGAUACCGGAACAAUAUAUACCAAAUUGUCGAUUUAUGUUGCUUGGAUAAAGAAAAAUAUUGGACCUAGGAGUAGGCGUCUUGUUCCGCGUGUUGGGUCCAAAAUUUGUAAUAAUUCUCCAAAAUUAUUGUUACUCAUUUUUACUGUUGUCUAUACAAUUUUAAAGUGAUUCUGUAAGGAAAAUUAGGAAAAUUUAAUUCAUAUAAAAAUU